GCUAUUUGUCCUUACCAACAAACAAAUGACACCAAUCAACGACAUACACACACACAAACAAACACAAAUAAACUUAUCAAACCAAAAACACAUUUGAUUUGAAAAACAAAAGCUCAAAAGUAAAGAAGCAUUAGUCAACCCUUUAGUCUCUCUCUCACUUUCUCGAAUUCUUUCCGUCUCGAAUUUUUGUAAAUUUCAUUUUUUUUCAUCAAUUUUUUCUUCAAAAUCAAAAAAAACAAAUGUUAUGAUGAUUUCAUCAACAAUCAUCAUUAAUAAAUUAUUACGAAUACAAAAUAAUUUUCAUUCGAAAAAUCAUCAUUUAUUAUUCUAUCAUCGAUCGGGUUUUAAUGUUGGAAAAUUGUCAUCAUCAUUAUCAUCAUCAUUUUGUAUUCAAAAUCAUCAACAACAACGAUCAUUAUCAUCCACAUCAACAACAUCGACAUCGACAACAAUUGAAUCAUCAUCGUCGAAAAGAAAUUGCGAUAAAUUAGAUUUAACAUUUUCAAAUACUGAACAAGCAUAUAGAAGUAAAACAACAUUCGAAUUAAUACGUGCUAUUGCUGUUUUAUAUGUUAGUUCAUUCGAUACAUUAGUUUAUAAUCAUGAUAAGUUAUUAAAAUGGUCAAAACGUUUAAUGGGUGAACGUUUAUUCAAUUUAUUAAUGCGUUCAACAUUUUAUGGUCAAUUUGUUGCCGGUAUUGAUGAAUUUGAUAUUAAACCAGUUUUAAAUCAUUUAAGAUCAUUUGGUGUUAAAUCUAUUUUGGAUUAUUCUGCUGAAGAAGAUAUUGAAAAAAAAUUUGAUACAAUUUCAAAUAAACAAAAAGGAAAAGAUAAAAUUGUUAAACAAUAUGAAUAUGAUGAUGUUGUACAUGGCCGUCGAGAAUUACGUCCAGUUGCUCGAACAUAUUUCUAUAUGAAUGAAGCACAAUGUGAAAAAAAUAUGGAUAUAUUUCUUCGUUGUAUUGAUUGUGUUGCUGGUGCAACAUAUGGUACCGGAUUUGCUGCAAUUAAAUUAACAGCUCUUGGUCGACCAGAAUUAUUGUUACAAUUAUCUGAAGUUAUUGCACGAACACGGAAAUAUUUCAAACAAAUUACCGGCCUUAAUUCUAUUGGUCUUGGUAAUAUAACACCAGAAGAAUUUCAAAAACAAUUGGAUAAACGUUUUAAUUUAAAUGUUGAUAAUCCGGAAAUUGCUGCCUUUUUAAAACAAAUGGAUUAUGAUCAACGUGGUUUAAUGAAUCUGUUUGCAUGGAAUGGCCUGAUUGAUAUGGAUACAUUAAUUAAUGAUUUAUUUAAAGUACCAAAUCUUCGUACUGGUCGUAUGGAAAUGAUUAUAAAUGCAUUGAACCAGGAAGAAGAAGAAAUGUUUCGUAAUAUGAUGCGUCGUAUGCAUACAAUUGCACGUGCUGCAACCGAACGUGAUGUACGUGUUUUGAUUGAUGCUGAACAAACAUAUUUUCAACCAGCAAUCAAUCGUAUUACGUUAGAAUUAAUGCGUAAAUAUAAUAAAGAAAAAGCAAUCAUAUUUAAUACUUAUCAAUGUUAUCUUAAGAAUGCUUAUGAAACAUGUGAAUUGGAUGCCGAAUUAUCCCGUCGACAAGGAUUUUAUUUUGGUGCCAAAUUAGUACGUGGUGCUUAUUUGGAACAGGAAAGAUUACGUGCAAAACAAUUAGGCUAUAAUGAUCCAAUUAAUCCAACAUUUGAAUCAACAACGGCGAUGUAUGAAAAAAAUUUAAAUUUUUUCAUGAAUAAAAUUGUUGAUACUGGUAUUGAUCAGAAAAAAUUUGCCAUUAUGGUUGCAUCACAUAAUGAAGAUACUGUACGAUAUACAUUGAAAAAAAUGCAAGAACUUGACAUAAAACCUGAACAUAAAUUAAUCUGUUUUGGUCAAUUAUAUGGAAUGAGUGAUCAUUUAAGUUUUAUACUUGGUCAAUCUGGUUAUUCAGUUUAUAAAUAUGUACCAUAUGGACCAAUCGAUAAAGUAAUGCCAUAUUUAUCAAGACGUGCAUUAGAAAAUCAUGGAUUAUUAAAAAAAUCAAAAUAUGAACGAAAAUUAUUAAUGAAAGAAUUAUUACGUCGUAUUUGGAAUGGAAAAAUUUUUCAUAAACCAAUUGGAAAUUAUCAACCUAUCUAAAAAAAAACAAAUUUUUUUUUUCGGCGACAAUUUCAUUUUUGUUAUCGCUUUUCUUUGCUUUUGCUAUCUUAUCUAAGCUUUUUUUGCUUAUACUAUCUAUCUAUCUUUAUUUGAUUUGAAUAAUAAUUCUUCCGGAAAUUUUUUCCCAUCUUUCUUCUUUCGAAACGGGUAUUUUCUUUGAUUCAUUCAUCAU